CUUUCCGACACUAGCACAACCGGUGAACAGCUGAUUUUGUUGUUUUCAUUUAACCUCGUUAUUCAACGCGCUCAUAAAAUGAGUUUUUUGUUGAAAGGACGCCGGUUUUUGAUCGCCGGCAUCCUGCCAGCUUUUGAACGCGGCCCAGACGACAUAGUGGAUAAGGAAAACAAGACUUAUAAGGCAUUCCUGGCCAGUAAACCGCCAGAGGAAACGGGACUGGAGCGCCUCAAACAAAUGUUUUCAAUUGACGAGUUUGGUAGUAUAUCUUCCGAGCUGAAUUCAAUUUACCAGGCCGGUUUCCUGGGAUUCCUCAUUGGAGCGAUUUACGGCGGAGUUACACAAUCGCGCGUGGGCUACAUGAAUUUCAUGGAGAACAACCAGGCCACAGCUUUCAAAUCGCACUUUGAUGCCAAGAAAAAGCUACAGGACCAAUUUACGGUCAACUUUGCCAAGGGCGGCUUCAAAUGGGGCUGGCGAGUGGGACUUUUUACAACUUCCUACUUCGGCAUCAUCACCUGCAUAUCUGUGUAUCGUGGAAAAUCGUCGAUCUACGAGUACUUGGCCGCAGGUUCCGUCACCGGCUCCCUUUACAAAAUGAAUCUGGGACUGCGAGGCAUGGCGGCAGGCGGGAUCAUUGGCGGCUUCUUGGGCGGAGUGGCUGGAGUCACCUCCCUGCUACUGAUGAAGGCAUCCGGCACUUCGAUGGAGGAGGUGCGCUAUUGGCAGUACAAGUGGCGGCUCGAUCGCGAUGAUAACAUCCAGCAGGCCUUCAAAAAACUGACAGAGGAUGAACAACCGGAGCUGUUCAAGGUCCAUGACGAAAAGGUACCCGAACAGGUAUCCCUGGACUCGGUCAAGUGAGUCUCGAGUGUUUAAAGUAGCCAUCGAUGUGUAAACUUAGUUGAGUUUUUUUAAUUUAAAUAAAUUGCAAAUAUGUCCAUCUAAA